GGGCAUUUAAAUGGCUGCACUGUACAGAACUGUAUAUCUCACUGCACACACGAAGAUAACAACAUUUUAAUGUUCUUUACAAAUAUCCUAGGUAAAGUCGACUCUGCUCUUACACUUAAGCUGCUCAUUCGCACAUCAUUUGUUUGUCAGGACACCUAUUGGAAUACUCAAAAUGAGCGAAGAGGACGACUUUCUGCAGCAAGCUAGAAUCGGAUUUGAUGAUUUGUGUCGAUCUUUGAAUAUGGACGAGGAGGCGAGCAACGAGGCAUGGAGAAGCUAUGAGGAUAUAAGCAAAAAUUACACAUUGGAGGGAAGUGAGCUCCACUGGCUGGCGUGUGCUCUGUAUGUGGCCUGUAGGACAGCAGUACCUACGGUUGACAAAGGCAUCACAGAGGGGAACUAUGUCUCCUUGACCAGGAUCCUUCGCUGCUCUGAGCAAAGCCUUAUUGAGUUUUUCAACAAGAUGAAGAAGUGGCAGGACAUGGCCAACCUGCCAGAGGAGUUCCGUCAGAGCACGGAAAAGCUGGAGAGAAAUUUCACCGUUUCCGCAGUCAUCUUCAAGAAAUACGUACCCAUCUUCAAAGCUAUCUUCAAGGCCCCCUCAGACGACCCCCCGCGGAUCCACAGAAACAGGAAGCAGAGGCGCCAUCCAUGUACCGUCUCGGAAGUCUUCAACUUCUGCUGGAUCCUGUUUGUGCAUGCUAAAGGGAACUUCCCUAUGAUCAGCGAUGACCUGGUGAACUCGUACCACCUGCUGCUGUGUGCUCUGGACCUGGUGUUCACCAACGCUUUGCUGUGCAACGGCAGAAGGGACCUUCUCAACCCAAGCUUCAGAGGCUUACCCGAGGACUUUGGCAACAAGGACUACAAGCCUGGCCCUGGUUCCUAUUGCUUCAUUGAGCAUCUGUGUGAACUGCAUGAUGGGCUGGUGCUGGAAGCCAAGGGGGUCAAGGAGCACUUCUGGAAACCCUUCAUCAAGAGGCUUUUCCACAAGAAGAUUCUCAAAGGGAAGGAGGAUAGCCUAACUGGGUUCCUGGAUCCUAUGAAUUUUGGGGACAGUUUUGCGUCUCUGGGCCGGGUGUAUGAGGAGCACGUGUUGGCCAUAGGCAGUCUGGACGAGAGGAUCUUCCUGGGAGAGGGGGCCAACGAGGACAUCGGCACCCCGGGGCCCUGCCUGUGUGAGGGGCUGGAGAACGAGGACGCGUCGGCCUACAGACUAUACAGCAGUCUGACUGUCUCGACCCUGAAAGUGUCCACUCCGCUGACCGGCAGGAAGUACGUCCAGGACAACAGCAUGGGCACGCCUGUGUCCACAGCCACGCAGAGCGUCGGACGCCUCCACAGUCUACUCACAGGGCUGAAGCACGGCCCCAGUACCAGACUGGUGGACAUACUGAGGGGUUGUACCAGGGACCCCAGUGAGGCCAUCUCCUCCAGACUGAAGGACAUGUUCCAGCUCUUCUGCCAACACUACGAAAGCAAGGGGGAAGAAAACGGAGGCCUGGGGAAAGAUAUUGCAGUCAAGUAUUUCCGCCUGGCAGAAGCUCUUUACUACAAGAUACUGGAGGCUGUCAUUGAUCAGGAGAAGAAGAGACUGGGAGACACAGACCUAUCUGGUAUUCUGGAGCAGGACAUGUUCCAUCGCUCCCUCCUGGCCUGCUGUGUGGAGAUCGUCAUGUUCUCCUACCGCCCCCCUGGGGAGUUCCCCAAAGUCAUCCAGAUAUUCCAGCUUCCUGCCUACCACUUCUACAAGGUGAUUGAGGUGCUGGUGCGGGCGGAGCAGGGUCUGUUCCGGGAGGUGGUGAAGCAUCUGAACCAGGUGGAGGAGCAGGUCCUGGACAGCCUGGCGUGGAGAGGAGACUCCCCACUGUGGGACAGCGUGAGGGGGGCCAAGAACCGAGUCCCUGCCUGCCAGGAGGUGAUGCUUCCUCAGUACCUGGAGGACAGCGAUGGAGGCAGCAGCAGUGGUAGUGCCCCUCGGACCCCCAUCCACCAUGGAGCUGACCUCACCUCCCACAGCACCGCCAGAGGAGUGUCUCCCUCCCCCACCACGCUCCAGGACCGCUACAGCUCCCCCCCUACCGGCACAUUCAGGCGCCGUCUGUUCGUCGACGGCGCCAACGCCGUCACCAUCGAACCCUCCUCCUCUACGACCACCAUCACCACAGCCGCCACGCCUAUCAGGGGCGCCCAGAGCCCCCUGGUCAGCACCAUCCCCGCGGGCCAGACCGUGGUCUCCAUGGCGACGGCCACCGUCACCGCCAACAACGGCCAGACGGUCACCAUACCGGUGCAAGGAAUAGCAAAUGAGAACGGAGGUAUCACCUUCAUCCCUGUCCAAGUGAGUGUGACGGGUCAAGGCGGAGCCACACUGCAGCCUCUGACCGCCCAAUCCCUGACUGGCACUCUGAGCACCCAACCAGUGGUGACCACCACCCAGAGCAGUCCCGCACCCCAGGGAAGCCCUGCAGCCAGCAAGCCAAUCAGCAAGCCUCAGAGGAAGGGCUCCCUUUCACUGUUUUUCCGCAAGGUGUACCACCUCGCCAGUGUCCGCCUGAGAGACCUGUGUGUGAAGCUGGACAUCUCCUCAGAGCUGCGGCGGAAGAUCUGGACGUGUUUUGAGUACUCUCUGGUGCACUGCACUGAGCUCAUGAUGGACCGCCAUCUUGACCAGCUCCUCAUGUGUGCCGUCUACGUCAUGACCAAGGUGACCAAGGAGGACAAGUCUUUCCAGAACAUCAUGAGGUCCUAUCGGACCCAGCCACAGGCCAGCAGCAGUGUUUACAGGAGUGUGUUGAUCUCUGGGAGGAUGAGGCGUCACUCGGGCAACAGUGAGGGCAACAGACAGAGCUCUCCUGCAGACGCUAGGCAGGAGCAGGUGAGUGGAGACAGCAGCCCCAUGACCAUGCGUUCCAGCAGCACCCUGCCCGCCCCGCAGCCGGGCAGCGACCCCUCCACCCCCACCGCCGCCCCCUCCUCCUCCUCCACGGUCUCCUCCCUCUCCCCUUCGUCGUCCCUGGGCCUGCCCGCCGCCCAGGAGGAGGAGGAGAGGGGCGACCUCAUCCGCUUCUACAACCUGGUCUACAUCAAGCAGAUGCGCCUCUACGCUCUGCGAUACUGUCCUGGCUCGCCCUCCGCAGGGACGGAGUCCCCCCCGCUGUGCCCAUACCCCUGUAUGAGGAGCAGCUCUCCACGCAGGGUCCUGCUCUCACACAACCACUCCAUCUACAUCUCUCCCCACAAGAGCCCCGGCCCCGCCACAACCACCACCCCUCCCACCACCCGCGACAAGAUCUUCUACUACAUCUGCAGCAGCCCGGCCCACCGUCUGCAGGAGAUCAACAGUAUGAUCCGGACAGGCGAGACCCCCACCAAGAAGCGCAGCAUGCAGCUGGAGGAGGAGCCAUCUCCCAAGAGGGCGUGUCACGACAACCGGACCGCCCUCCUGCGCAGACUGCAGGACGUGGCCAACGACCGCAGCUCCUCCCACUGAGGGAGCUCCGCCCACUGAGGGAGCUCCUCCCACGGAGGGAGCUCCUCCCACGGAGGGAGCUCCUCCCACGGAGGGAGCUCUCGGCUGACGCUAGAGGGCGUCAACGUCGCCAGGAGAUCACAGCAGAUGCGGUUUGAUUAUGAUUAGCGAUUUUUUUCAGCAUGGACAUGAGCUUCUUUAAUUUGAAUAGUUCAAACUGCUACAAGAGGUCAACCUUCUUUCUGUGCUCUUCUUUGUACUGUAAACGGUAGGAAUGAAUGUCGUCCCCCAAACUCUGCAAAGCAACACAUUUUAAGUCAAGUAUUUUGCUGCCAAUGGCUAUUUUUAGUCUGACAACAAUGGAAGGGAUUUGAAAUCCCCAAUCAAAGUUUAUCAGAUGUUUUUGUACCUUAGGUGUGAUUUGAUUUCUACUACGCAUUGUUAGACUGUAGUCGUCCAAUUUUGUUUUAAUAUUCAUUUGGAUUAAGGCAGGUAAAAAUAUACAAAUAAAUAGUAACUUUAUUUAUAUAGCAUUUUUUAAACAACAUGGCUAUAUCUCUAUCUACAAUCAGAUAUUUUUGAGGGAUAAAACUAUCUGUCAAACUUCCAAGUUGGAGUAGAAAAUCCUUAAAAGAUUGCUUCAUGUUUCAUGAACCAAGAAAUGCCUCUCAGUGUUAGACAUUUUCUGUGGUGUGUACAAUGCAUCAUUCCAUCAUGUAUUGACUAUUUUAUUUAUGGAAAUGUAUUUCAGAGGUUAAUUUAAUGACUUUCGAAAUGAAGAAUACAGCACAGACAAAAGCACUUGACAAUGACUUCUUAAGACUUUGUACAUCAUUUUACCUUUAGUAUGUUCUUAUUGAGAUGAAUGUCAAAGCUUUUCUAAUAACGCAUGCAGGUUUCAUACGAUCUAGAGGCUUCCAAAGCAAAACUAAACAUCACUGCGCUUUUGUCACGUUUUUACUUUGUGUUUGACCUAAUAUUUAAGCUAGUCUAAUUUAACUUUAGGUUGUAACUUGUCCUUUUAACUAUGACAAUACUAGUGAUUAAAAAAAAAACAAUCUCACUGACAAAAAUAUUUAUUUUUUAGUCUCAUGUACCUCCCAAAUUGUUAGAUAUAAAAUGUAACAUUAUCACUUUUAUAGGUACAUUUGAAAAAGUUACAUUAGUGUUGUUGUUGGCUGUCAACUUCCCAUCAUCAGUCAUGGAAAAUGUUUGUACAUUUUGUAAAAAAGAAUGCCUUUUAUUUUAUUUUUUGCAGUUUGAGAAGUGCCUUCUCCCAUUAGUCAAAUCAAUGUGUUCAUUAAAAUCAUGAAACUGUAGGCUCCAUACUCCUCCUACAAAUUGUUUGUGAGAAAAAAAAAAACUUUGCAAAUAAAUGCAUUGCCUUUGGAAAUCCC